AAGGAAAAGAAGAAGAAAAAAAAAAAGGAAAAAAGGAAUCUGGAGCCCAGCGCAAACGCGAAGUGCGCUGAAAGCAACAUCCAGCGAUUGACCACGAUACCAGGUCCCUCUAAACACGACCCGACGCCCAUUUCACACCAAAGACCCAGAGCAACGGAUAGUUCAAGGACCGAUCCACAUAUAUCGGCUCUGUGACUUUUGUCUUUUAGGAUGGCGUCCGUCUACAAGUCCCUCUCGAAGGGCGCAUCGGACAAAGAUGGCGCCGCGUCGACAGGACCGCGCAAGAACAAGCAGAGGGUUCUAAUCUUGUCGUCGAGGGGCGUCACUUUUCGGCACCGCCAUCUCCUCAACGAUCUCGCGUCCAUGCUGCCCCACGGCAAGAAGGACGUCAAGUUUGACUCCAAGUCGAAGCUUUAUCAACUAAACGAGCUCGCCGAGCUGUACAACUGCAACAACGUCCUAUUCUUCGAGGCGCGCAAGGGACAGGACCUUUAUGUGUGGGCAUCAAAAGUGCCCAACGGCCCGACAGUGAAGAUGCAUCUUCAGAAUUUGCACACGAUGGACGAGCUCAACUUCACCGGAAACUGUCUCAAAGGGUCACGUCCGAUCCUGUCGUUCGAUGCGGCGUUCGAGAAGGAGGCACACUAUCGCGUUAUCAAGGAGCUGUUCCUGCACAUCUUUGGCGUCCCCGAGGGCGCCAGGAAGUCGAAGCCGUUCGUCGACCACGUCAUGGGCUUCAGCAUAGCGGACGGCAAGAUCUGGGUGCGGAACUACCAGAUCAACGAGGUCGAGCAGUCCAAGGGCGACGGCGAGGAGGGCAAGGAGGAGGGCGAGAAGAAGUCGAAGAGCAGCAGCAGCAAGAGCAAGGGGGGCAAGGACACGGACAUCAACCUGGUCGAGAUUGGGCCGAGGUUCGUGCUCACGCCCGUGGUGAUCCAGGAGGGCGCGUUCGGCGGGCCCAUAAUAUACGAGAACAAGCAGUUCGUGUCGCCCAACCAGGUGCGCGCGGACCUGAGGAGGAAGAAGGCCGGCCGGCAGCACCUCCGCUCCAGUCAGCAGGCCGACAGGACGGCCAAGAAGGGCGACCUCGGCCUGCGGACCGACGGCGGCAAGAGGCAGCGGGAAGACGAGUUAGAUACCCAGAAGCUAUUUGCAUGAUAUGCCGCUCGCUAGCUGGGGCGGGGGCUUGUUUGUUGCCAAGAUAGGACGUGUAGAUACCUCGGGCUGUUUUGAGCUGGGAUCAUGGUUGAUGCGGGGAUGAGCACCUCCGAACUCUCAAAAUCUUUCUAGGUAUGGUUCCGAGAUGCUAGAUGCUGUUGUUGAAAGCGCUCAAAACACACUUCCCAAUCGCUGCGUACGUAAUGUGUGC